GAAUAUUCACAUCUGAGUCAAGUGAAGAUUUGAUGAUGGAUAAAAAUUUAUUUUUUAAUACUGAUAUUAAUAUACGGUAUUUCGUGAAGUUGGGAAUAGGGGUGUCAUUCGGAACGUCAAAAAGUAAAGAAUCUUGCGUUGAAACUAAUUACUAUUAUCGUUUUAUAAAGUAUGGUAAAGCAUCAUUGAAAUUGAAAUAUGAGCAUUUAGAACCAACACCGGAAUUUAUUAAAGUAAUUGAAAAUGCCAUAAGUUCUGAAGAUCCUGCCGAACAAUUUAAGCAAAUUCUUAAAGAUUUCGGUCAAUUUAUUCCAACCGACGUUAUUUUAGGUGGAAGAGUU